UGUCACCUGUACUCAAUCAACACCCACCACGGGUCAGAGUUGAGGAUCGUGGCGGCCAUCAGAAACAAGCUCCUCCUCAUCACCCGGAAGCAGCCCCGCCCCGAUGGCAUGGGCACCUUCGCCGCCGCAACCGACUCGCCCGUGGAUCAGUUCCAGUACAUACGGGUAACUGUACACACAAGCAGACACACACACGGUUUACACGGAAACACACAGACUACACUUUCCACUAUCGUGCACAGUAGUUCUUUACCAUAACCAUUUUGAAUGAUUGAAUGAGUUCAACAACUUAACAAUCAGUAUUCCAGAGUAACCUUCCAUAGUGGAACAGCAAGAGAAUGUUAUCCUAGAGUUGACAGUUCACCUCAGCUAAACUUAGAAGGAAGGUGGCUAGUGGAUGAGGAGAGGCGCAUAGCCAAAAACACAUGCACGCUGACUCACUCACUAUGAACGCCACCCUCCUGACCAGUCCCCCUCCAUUACAGUUUAAUCAUUUAGCAGACACUCUUAUCCAGAAUGAUUUACAGGAGCAAUUAGGGGCAUUGCUCAAGGGCACAUUUGUCACCUAGUCGGCUCAGGGAAUCAAACCAGCAACCCUUUGGUAACUGGCUCAACGCUCUUAACCGCUAGGCUACCUGCCGUCCUCUCCUCUAGGAGAUAUGUCUGUGUGAAAUUCCAGUGGUGAUGGCUUUGGUGGACGGUCCUACAGGGGAGAAUGACAACAUGAUCUGUGUGGCCUACAAACACCAGUUUGACCUGAUCAACGAGAGCACCGGGGACGCAUACAGGCUACACCACGUAGACGCCAACCGGGUGAGGCCUCCAACCAACAUCGUUUAUGUUUUUAUUUACCUUCCAUUUAUCUUCAGUGUACCUGGUCGGUUAACUGAGAAGAGAGCUCAACAAUGUUGGGGAAGAGUUACAGUUGAGGGGAGACGAGUUGAAGACGGGCCAAUGAAUGAUAAUUGAAUAUGUUUUUUCUUCAUAAUUGAAUAUAAUAAAUUCAAUACAGUGUUCUUCUUUGCUGUGUGCGCAGGUCAACUUUGUGGCAGCCAUCGAUGUGUACGAGGAUGGGGAGGCUGGUCUUUUGUUGUGUUACAAUUGUGAGUCUCCAUUUAUCCCUUAUUUUACAUCAAAGUAUAAAAAUAUAUCUACAUUCUAAUAUACAGUAACAUAAUAAAAUACAUUGAGGAUAGACUGACCAGGUGAAUCCUGGUGGAAGCUAUGAUCCCUUAUUGAUGUCACUUGUUAAAUCCACUUCAAUCAGUGUAAAUGAAGGGGAGGAGACAGGUUAAAGAAGGAUAUUAGGAAGAGACAGGUUAAAGAAGGAUAUUAGGAAGAGACAGGUUAAAGAAGGAUAUUGUCACGAUCGUUGAACGGAGUAGACCAAGGCGCAGCGUGAUGAGCAAACAUAUUUUAUUAUCUUUAGUGAUAAUAAUAACAAAACAACAAACGAUAACGACACGUGAAGUCCUAGGUUUAACACAACCAACACGGAACAAACCAAACGGAACAAGAUCCCACAAACACUAUGGGAAAACAGACUGUUUAAAUAUGGUUCCCAAUCAGAGACAACCAGCAACAGCUGACACUCGUUGCCUCUGAUUGGGAACCACUCUGGCCAACAUAGAAAUAGAACACAUAGAACUACAACACAGAACUCAAACACAUAGAAUCUACACACCCUGGCUCAACAUAUAGAGUCCCCAGAGACAGGGUGUGACAGUACCCCCCCCCCCCCAAAGGCGCGGACUGCGACCGCGCCUAAACAUAAACAAACCAGGGGAGGGCUGGGUGGGCAUUCCUCCUCGGAGGCGGUUCCGGCUCCGGGCUUGACCACCACCCUCCAAUAAUCCCCCCGUAGCGCCCCUGGUCCGGUCUGGCCCCGCUGGCUGGAGCUGGACUGGACAUCGUAGGAGCGGAUUGCUUCAGCUCCGGUGUGGAGCAGCUGACCGGUACCUGACCAGGCACUGGUGACCCAGGCACGGGUUGUGCCGGACUGACGAUGCGCACCCCUGGCUUGGUGCGUGGAGCAGGAACGGGCCGGACCGGGCUGACGAUGCGCACCCCUGGCUUGGUGCGUGGAGCAGCUACGGGCCGGACCGGGCUGACGAUGCGCACCCCUGGCUUGGUGCGUGGAGCAGGAACGGGCCGGACCGGGCUGACGACUCGCACCCCUGGCUUGGUGCGUGGAGCAGGAACGGGCCUUACCGGGCUGACGACUCGCACCCCUGGCUUGGUGCGAGUGGCAGGAACAGACCGGGCCGGGCUGGCGACGCGCACCGUAGGCUUGGUGCGAGUGGCAGGAACAGGCCGGGCCGGGCUGGCGACGCGCACCGUAGGCUUGGUGCGAGUGGCAGGAACAGGCCGGGCCGGGCUGGCAACGCGCACCGUAGGCUUGGUGCGAGUGGCAGGAACAGGCCGGGCCGGGCUGGCGACGCGCACCAUUGACUUGGUGCGAGUGGCAGGAACAGGCCGGGCCGGGCUGGCGACGCGCACCAUCAACUUAGUGCGGGGAGCAGGAACAGGCCGGGCUGGGCUGGCGAUGCGCACCGUAGGCUUGGUGCGAGGGGCAGGAACAGGCCGGGCCGGGCUGGUGACGCGCACCAUUAGCUUGGUGCGGGGAGCAGGAACAGGCCGGGCUGACGACGCGCACCAUUAGCUUGGUGCGGGGAGCAGGAACAGGCCGGGCCGGGCUGGCGACGCACACCGUAGGCUUGGUGCGAGUGGCAGGAACAGGUCGGGCUGGGCUGGCGACGCGCACCGUAGGCUUGGUGCGAGUGGCAGGAACAGGCCGUGCCGGGCUGGCGACGCGCACCAUUAACUUAGUGCGGGGAGCAGGAACGGGCCGGACCGGACUGGUGACGCACACCACUUGCUUGGUGUGAGGAGCGGGACUGGGUUUCGUCAUAACCCUCCGCCCCCUCAGCUGCCUACACAGUUCCUCUCGCCGUGCCUCUAUUCUCACCUUCUCCCUUAUCGCCUCCAGUAGCUCCACCCUCUGCACCACUAACUCCUGCUCCCUCUGCACCAAUAGCCCCCUUAACCUGGUGGCCUCCUCACCUAACCUCCUAAUACGCCCUGUAGCUGCCUCCUGCUGCCCCGUCGCCCAUGCCGUGUGCCCCCCCCUAAAAAUGUUUUGGGGUUGCCUCUCGUCCGUCCGACGACGACACUGUUGACGCCGUUGCUCCUCUCUCCGUCGCGCCUCUACCGUCUCCUUCCAUGGACGGCGAUCCAUCCCGGCCUGGAUUUCCUCCCAGGUCCAGGACCCCUUCCCGUCCAUUAUCUGCUCCCACGUCCAGGCUGCCUGCUCCUGGAUACGCUGCUUGGUCCUGGUAUGGUGGGAUCUUCUGUCACGAUCGUUGAACGGAGUAGACCAAGGCGCAGCGUGAUGAGCAAACAUAUUUUAUUAUCUUUAGUGAUAAUAAUAACAAAACAACAAACGAUAACGACACGUGAAGUCCUAGGUUUAACACAACCAACACGGAACAAACCAAACGGAACAAGAUCCCACAAACACUAUGGGAAAACAGACUGUUUAAAUAUGGUUCCCAAUCAGAGACAACCAGCAACAGCUGACACUCGUUGCCUCUGAUUGGGAACCACUCUGGCCAACAUAGAAAUAGAACACAUAGAACUACAACACAGAACUCAAACACAUAGAAUCUACACACCCUGGCUCAACAUAUAGAGUCCCCAGAGCCAGGGUGUGACAGAUAUUAGGAAGGUGUUUCUAAUGUUUGGUGUACUCAGUGUAUAUUAUCCAUUGUCGUCAACCAUCCAAAUAUAUGUUCCUAUAAGAUUACUUUACAAAUACGUAAGGUGCGUCUGAAAUGACACCCCAUUCCCUUUAUAGUACUCUACUAUACUAUACUACCCUAUGGGCUCUGGUCAAAAGUAGUACACUAUAAAGGGAAUAAGGUGCCAUUUGGGACGUAGACAUGGUUUAACGACUGAAAUUAGAUGUCUUCUCUCUCUCUGUCUCUCUCUCUCUCUCUGCUGUACAGAUAUCUGUUCCUAUAAGAAGGUGUGUCCGUUCAACGGCUCCACCCCCAUGAUCCAGUCCAACGCCUCUGACUUCCACUUCAGCUGGAACCAGAUGCCCAAUGCCAUCGGUGAGUAGUACUGGCAACCAUAGCAACCAGCAGCCCCACCCCUCCCCACACCCCGCUCCCUCCCUCCCUUGGUCAGCCCAGCCGUCGGCCCCGGCCUGAGCCCUGUCGCCAUGGUAACAUGCAGCGGGUGGCGACUGAGGCUAGGUCGUCGAGUGUGUUUGUCUGUGUCUGUGUUUCUGUGUGUUUGUCUGUGCCUGUGUUUCUGUGUGUUUGUCUGUGUCUGUGUUUCUGUGUGUUUGUUUCUGAUGACUGAUGAAAGCAGAGAAUGUCCGGCUAAAGAUACAUUACUUUUUGAUUUAAAUGAAUAUGACAUAAGCUACAGUUUCUCUUCUGCAUGUUGGUGUGUGUGUGUUUGUACUGUGAUGCUGCUUUGACAAACCAAUUGUCCCCUUGGGAUUAAUUAAGAAACUAUCAUUACCUAUUGUCUAUUAUCUAUCAUAUAUCCUAACCAUUUAUCCAAACCUAUCAACUUCAUUUAGCCAGGUGUCUGUCUUCAGAAUGUUGAUGCUGUGCUUUUUAUCAUAAUUACUUCAUUGUCAUGAACUCCUUGCUACUUUUGAUUGUCCGUUCUGCCUGUAAAUUUACUGUUUCUUAUGCUGCUGUGUAGAGCAUAUUAUGAGUGUAAAUGCACAUUGGUUGUCCUGCCCACUGUAAAACCAUAGCAGGAAGUUAUUGUUGUUUUUGUUGUUGUGUUGCAGUUCGUGCAUUCUUUAUCAACCAUAUAACAGGUAGUUGUUGUGUUACAGUGUGUGCGUUCCCCUACAUCCUGGCCUUUACCACUGACUCCAUUGAGAUCCGGCUAGUUGUCAACGGUAACCUGGUCUAUACAGCUGUGGUGCCAGAGCUGCAGCUGACUGCCUCAAGGGUGAGUCUGAUUGACAGGUGGAAGUGUCCAAUCAUGAUAAUGAUUGUAAUGAAAAUGUGUGCACAAUUGUGUUCAUGUACACUCAGUGGCUAGUUUAUUAGGUAGACCCAUCUAGUACCGAGUCGGACCCCCUUUUGCGUCCAGAACAGCCUGAAUUCUUUGGGGCAUGGAUUCUACAAGUCGGAAACGUUCCACAGGAAUGUUGGUCCAUGCUGACACGAUGGCAUCACGCAGUUGCUGCAGAUUGGACGGCAGUACACCACCGCCACCAGCUUGUACACUCUUUUUUUUGUGCACCUUUUUUUCUAUGAAAAUCCUCUAUGAAUGGUUCUACCUAGAACCCUCAAUGAAGGGUUAUACCAAUAAUUAUUUUAUCAUCAAAAUGUUCUUCCUAGAACCGUCUAUGAAGGGUUCUACAGAGAACCCUUUUAUCUUUGGAGGGUUCUUCCUAGAACCCUCUAUGAACGGGUAGGACCCACCAGCCUAAUUAGCCUUUAAAAUUGUAUUAUUUAUGACAAUACAUUACAUAUUUGUGACAAUACAUACAGUGCAUUUGGAAAGUAUUCAGACCCCUUACCUUUUUCCACAUUUUGUUACGUUACAGCCUUAUUUUAAAAUGGAUUAAAUACAUGUAUUUCCUCAUCAAUCUACACAUAAUAACCCAUAAUGACAAAGCGAAAACAGGUUUUUAGAAAUUUUAGCACAUUUAUAAAAAAUACAAAACAGAAAUACCUUAUUUACAUAAGUAUUCAGACCCUUUGCUAUGAGACUCGAAAUUGAGUUCAGGUGUAUCCUGUUUCCAUUGAUCAUCCUUGAGAUGUUUCUGAAACUUGAUUGGAGACCAUCUAUGGUAACUUCUAUUUAUUGGACAUGAUUUGGAAAGGCACACACCUGUCUAUAUAAGGUCCCACAGUUGACAGUGCAUGUCAGAGCAAAAACCAAGCCAUGAGGUCGAAGGAAUUGUCCGUAGAGCUCCGAGACAUAUUGUGUCGCGGCACAGAUCUGGGGAAGGGUACCAAAAAUGUUUUGCAGCAUUGAAGGUCCCCAAGAACACAGUGGCCUCCAUCAUUCUUAAAUGGAAGAAGUUUGGAACCACCAAGACUCUUCCUAGAGCUGGCCGCCCGGGAAAACUUAGCAAUCGGGGGAGAAGGGCCUUGGUCAGGGAGGUGACCAAGAACCCAAUGGUCACUCUGACAGAGCUCCAGAGUUCCUCUGUGGAGAUGGGAGAACCUUCCAGAAGGACAACCAUCUCUGCAGCACUGCUCCAGAGCGCUCAGGACCUCAGACUGGAGUGAAGGUUCACCUUCCAACAGGACAAUGACCCUAAGCACACAGCCAAGACAACACAGGAUUGGCUUUGGGACAAGUCUCUGAAUGUCCUUGAGUGGCACAGCCAGAGCCUGGACUUGAACCCGAUCUAACAUCUCUGGAGAGACCUGAAAAUAGCUGUGCAGCAACGCUCCUUAUCCAACCUGACAGAGCUUGAGAGGAUCUGCAGAGAAGAAUGGAAGAAACUCCCCAAAUACAGGUGUGCCAAGCUUGUAGCGUCAUACCCAAGAAGACCACAAAAUGUGGAAAAAGUCAAGGGUUCUGAAUACUUUCCGAAUGCACUGUAUAUCAUAAGGCCUUUCUUUGAGGGCCUAGUUAUACGUUAACACAUGUUGUUAGGAAUCUCCAGGUUUACAAGUCACAUUAUGCUGGCUUGCAAAGUGAUGUGUAAAUCCUAUUGAAAUCCAACCAGAAUAAAGAUAUCUAACAAGUGGAUUUUUUAAAUAUAUUUUUUUAUUAUGGAAUCGUUGAUCACCCUCAACCUGCAUUCAGAAUGACUGCCAGGGUAGGGAAAAUUGAAUAAUGAGACUACCUCAAUCAUCUACACUGGAACAACAUGCUGGGAAAAAUGAUAUAUGGUUCUAUGUAGAACCCUUCUUGCCAUCCAAAGAAUCAUCAAAGAACCCUUUCUUCCAAAAACUGUUCUUAGGAUGUUAAAGGUUCUAGGUAGAACCCUUUGACUUACAAAUAACCCUUGUCUUCCAAAAAGGGUUCCUCAGAUCAAAACGCUAUUUGGUAGAACCCUAUCCCUCCGCAGAGAACCCUUUUGGAACCUUUUUUUCUAAGAGUGUACCGUUGACACCAGGCAGGAUGGGUCCAUGGAAUUAGCUUGCACGAUUCUUGCCAUUCUCCUUCAACUAGCUUUUUUCGCCCACAGGACUGCCGCUGACUGGAUGUUUUUUGUUUGUCGUACCAUUCUCGAUAAAUUCCAGACACUGUCAUGCUUGAAAAGCCCAGGAGGGCAGAGUUUUCUGAGAUACUGGAUCCGGCGUGCCUGGCACCGACGAUCAUAUCAUGCUCAAAGUCACUAACGAUCGAACGAACAGUAACUGAAUGCCUCGAUGCCUGUCUGCCUGCUUUAUAUAGCAAGCCACGGCCACGUGACUCACUGUCUGUAGGAGCGAUCCAUUUUCGUGAACGGGGUGGUGUGCCUAAUAAACUGGCGUGUAUAUGCGUGUGUGCGCAUGUGCGCACCCGUUCGUGAGUAUUUGUGUUUUUAGAAACAGGAGUCCCAGCAAUCUUAUUUCAAUCAAUCUUUAUUGACCCGGAGGGAAAUUUGUUUUGCAAACAGGGACAACAAACUGUAUAAAAACAAUCCAACACACGCAUCUCUUACACAGCAGAGGGAUAUACAGUACACAGACUAGAGUGUACCAUUUAGCAAUAUGAAAUACAACAUCAUCAUGUUGUGUUAGCAGGUGAUGGCAUUAUUUCACUAUCCAACACCUCUCUCAUACUAUCUCUAUCUUGAUCUCCCUCUCUUUUUUUCUCCAUUCUCUAUCUCUCCAUCUCGCUCUCUAUCUCUCUCUCUUUCUCUCCGUCUACCUCUAUUCAUCUUUCCCCAUCUCCACUUUUUCUCCCCCUCUCCAUUUCGUUCAAUCCCUCCAUCCCCUUCUCCCGCAGUCGGACAUCUACUUUGUGUCGUCCGCUCCGGUCAACUCGGCUUCCAACUGCAGCUCCCGGGACACCAGUUCCCAGAGUUCCCCACAGACGCCCACAGGCUACGAGAUGCCCGUGUUUCCCUCGCCGCUCGGAGAUGGUAAGCCUCGCAUAGCAACCAAUCACGUU